AUGGGGACUCUACCAUCUACGCCCUUUCGACUGCAUCUGGCCGAGCUGCUAUUGCGGUUGUGCGGGUAUCAGAUAUAUCAAGCGCUAUGUCCAAAAGCGGCGCUUCCCCGACCGCGCUUUGCAGCUGUACGGACUUUAUUUGACCCUACGCGUGAACCUUCCAGCAGCAGCGCCCUUGAUGCAGGAGCCCUCGUGCUGUAUUUCCCAGCCCCCAACACAGUUACCGGGGAGGACGUUCUUGAGUUACACCUUCACGGUGGGCCAGCGAUUGUUAAGUCUGUCCUUACAGCUAUCUCCCGCGUGAGUCAACCAGACUCGCUCGUUCGUUACGCCGAACCCGGCGAAUUCACCCGUCGUGCCUUCAUGAACAACCGACUGGACCUGCCGCAGAUAGAAGCCCUCGGCGAUACAUUGUCUGCGGACACAGAACAACAGCGUCGCCUGGCUGUCAGAGGUGCUAGUGAUGCGCUAUCUAGGCGAUAUGAGCAGUGGCGGCAGCAACUACUCUAUGCUCGUGGGGAACUUGAAGCGCUGAUCGAUUUCGCUGAAGACCAGCAUUUUGACGAGUCUUCUGAUGAGCUGGUACUCUCAGUGGCGGCGCAAGUGCAGGCACUGCGGGUCCAAGUCGGGUUCCAUAUCCAGAACGCCUCCAAAGGGGAGCUGUUACGUCAUGGAAUCAAGAUUGCUUUGCUCGGGGCGCCCAACGCGGGUAAGAGUUCUUUAUUGAACCAGAUCGUAGGGAAGGAGGCUGCUAUUGUUAGCACCGAAGAAGGAACCACCCGUGAUAUCGUGGAUGUUGGAGUCGACCUGAGCGGAUGGUACUGCAAGCUUGGCGAUAUGGCCGGAAUCCGUUCCGAGCCUGUUAAUGGGAAAGAAUCAGUUGUGAUCGGGGCUGUUGAAAAAGAAGGUAUUCGGCGCGCCAAAGCUCGCGCUCUGGAAUCCGACGUUGUUAUUGUGGUCUUGUCUCUGGAGAGAGGCGCCUUUGAUGACAUACCGUAUCAGCUAUCAAUUGAGCAAGAAGUAGUCGAGGCGGUCAAUGACUGUCUUGCAGCUGACAAGUGCAUUGUUAUUGCAAUCAAUAAAUGCGACCGGCUGCCCUUGGAUGUCCACAAUAGCCAAUUUUUACCAGAGCAGUUACUCGCCUCAGUGAGUGAUCUAUUUCCGACUGUGCCGCAGAAGCGCAUCUUCGGCAUCUCUUGUCGUGAGGCGCAACUGGAAUCCGCACUGGAGCGGAAAGACCCGGGCCAUCUACAAGAGUUCCUCCGGGGGCUUAUCUCUACUUUCGAAGAAAUUGCGUCUCCAUCCGGUAUCGAAGGUGAUGCGAACGGAGACUAUAAUCUAUCAUAUUGGGAAGAUUCUCUAGGAGUGACGCAUCGACAGAGUUCUAAUCUACAAAGAUGCCUGCAACACUUGGAUGAUUUCCUGGCCCAAACUUCCAGAAAACAUGCGCCGUCAAUGCUAGGUCAUGAACAUGAGCAGCAGCCUAUUGAGAUGGAAAUAGAUAUCGUGACAGCCGCCGAGCACCUGCGCUUUGCGGCCGAUGCGUUGGCGAAAAUAACCGGAAAGGGCGAGAGCGGCGACGUGGAGGACGUUUUGGGGGUCGUGUUUGAGAAGUAUGUGUCGCUGCUCAUCCGGCGAAGCAUUGGCUCUUUGCUAACUGUGUACUAG